UGAGUUGUUGGGUGCACCGCAGUCUCUCACCUCAACCCAUUCCCUUUCCCGCAGUCAUUUAUCUUUGCCUUAUUUGCUGGAUAAUAUUGCCACGGUUUUAAAUUUUGAUGUGGAAUAUCGCCGACUGCCUUCAGCAGAAGCUACCAGCUGGAACUGUCAAGCUACUGUUGCGAACGAGGAUAUUUUUGUUAUAGGGUGUGGCCCAACAAAUCAACUGGCCAAGUGUGACGCUGCACGACAAUUAAUCGGGAAAAUCCUGCAGAAUUAUUAUAAGCAGUUACUAGAAAUCCUAGAGUGUCCUCCACCUAUUGCAUCUCCUUCCACAGUGCGUAAUAGCAACGAUGCCACUUGAGCGUCUUAACUCGCUUACCAAUCGCCGCCGUCCAGAUAGCCACCACAACCAAUCUUCUACACCAUCUCAGAGCAGCGGCGACGAAGAAAAUACCACCACCACCACCGCCACUACCACCACUACAAUCAUCCGAAUCCAAAAUCUUAAUGAAGAUCGCGAGAAUACGCCACCUGCAGGAAUACGAACAGUACCGUCUUCGCCACCGCCGUCCUACUCUACAACAGCUGACGGUAGCGCUAGGCGUCACGCCCUCGACCUUCCAGAGCAUGUGACGCUGUCACUAAUUUUGCCACUUCCCGUUCCCGUAAUUAGCCAUCGCAACACCUUUGUCUGCAUUACAAGAAUUACUAACUUUUAUCAGUUUCGCAAUAUCAUGGAGCAACCACUUAUCAGGCUGGAUGAUUACUUCCACACUGCUCUACGAGCUAUGACGAUUGCGCGCCCGGGACUGGAGCCCUGCCCACCCGCCGUUUUUGUAUCGGAUCCAUAUCGGCAAUACACUUACCUGGAGAUCUACGGCCACUUCAACUUCCGCCAUAUUAACCAAGUAAUUAAGAAUUAUUUUAAGGCAUUUGUGCAAUGUCAGCGUUGUGCCAGCUGUUGUACAUUGAUAGCACGUAAACGUGGAAAAUUACGCUUGCUCUGUUUGACCUGUCAGUUCCAAGUCGUUGUCAAUAAGCGUAUGGGUACGAUUGCCGCAACGGCCACCACUUCCGGCGGGCUGCCUGACGUUGUUGUUGAGUGA